GUCGUGCCGUGCUGCGUUGCACUCGCACGUGUGUAUCGUUUUCUUCCGGAUUUAGCGCUGCAAGUUGGUUUAUUUCACAACGCUGCAUAAUGGGGAGGAUCUGUUGUGCUGUGGGUUGUGAUAGAAACACGCCCGACGUGACUCUUCACAAGUUUCCCGUCGACAAGAGGCUGCGGGCGAAGUGGGUUGCCGCUGUUCGUCGCAUCAACUGGUCUCCUUCGGAACACUCCAGGCUGUGCUCGGCGCACUUUACAGACGAGUGCUACGAGUUGAGCGUGCGCCUCUCGCUGGAUUUCGGCAUAGCUGCAGGUGCAAGGCCGCGAGCAGGGAAGCUGAAGCCUGAUGCGGUGCCCACGAUUUUUGACCAUUCCAAGCCGCUAUUGCCUGAACAUACUGUCUUCGCGAAGAGGAGAAGAAAGGAGCUUGUUGCUGAAGCCAUGGCUGGAUCAUGUGCAUCAGCCAGUGUGAUUAUUGAAUCAUCCUCAGCUGAUAGUGGCGCCAGUCAGACACGGAUGACACCAGAAGUUGAGCUCAGUAAUACAUCAUUGUAUGCUUCGGCUAAGUGCAGUAUACAGACUGAGCCGAACCAGAUGUAUACACGCGGAGUGCAAACAAAGCCAUGUGUGAGAACUAUUGGUACACAAACAUGAGCUGCAGUUUCCACCACUGGAACGCAAACAGAAUCUGUUCCUCGAACUUCUUCACCAGUUCAUCGAUGUGCACCACCUGUGCUUGAUGACCUCCUUGAUAUUUCGCACAUUCAGAAGGUGGAAAUGGAUUUAACCACAGAUGAUGAAUGG